GGGAGAGCCCGAGCCUCCGAGGCGCCGACAGCGGCGGCCACCGGGCAGAGCCGGGCGCCGCGUGCAGAGCGAGCGCUGCGGGCGCGCGUUCCGGGCAGCCCCACGCCCCUGCCUCGCGCGCUGCCCGCGCCAUGAAGCACAUCCCAGUUCUCGAGGACGGGCCGUGGAAGACCGUGUGUGUAAAGGAGCUGAACGGCCUCAAGAAGCUCAAGCGGAAAGGCAAGGAGCCGGCGCGGCGUGCGAAUGGCUAUAAAACUUUCCGAUUGGACUUGGAAGCGCCCGAUCAAGGCGCCACUGCCACCAACGGGCUGCGGGACAGGACCCAGCGGCUGCAACCGGUCCCGGCCCCGGUGCCAGCCCCAGUGGCCCCGGCCAUUCCCUCAGGUGCGGGCCCGGACACCUCUGGGGAGCGCGGGGGCGCCCGGGCGCCGGAGGUCUUGGAUGCGCGGAAACGCGGCUUCGCCCUGAGCGCGGUGGGACCCCGACUGUCCACGCCGCCGCCGCCGCCGCCGCCCCCGCCAGCACCCCAGGGCCAGGUACCCGGGGGCCCGGAGGUACAGCCUUUCCGGGAACCCGGCCUGCGUCCCCGUAUCUUGCUGUGCGCACCGCCUGCCCGCCCCAUGCCUUCCGCACCCCCCGCGCCGCCGGAGACCUCGGUGCGCCCUGUGCCCCCUGCGCCCCCAGCGCGCCCCGGGGAAAGUUCCUACUCGUCAAUUUCACACGUAAUUUACAAUAACCACCCGGAUUCCUCCGCGUCGCCUAGGAAACGGCCGGGCGAAGCGACCGCCGCCUCCUCGGAGAUCAAAGCCCUGCAGCAGACCCGGAGGCUCCUGGCGAACGCCCGGGAGCGGACGCGGGUGCACACCAUCAGCGCAGCCUUCGAGGCGCUGCGCAAGCAGGUACCGUGUUACUCAUACGGGCAGAAGCUAUCCAAACUGGCCAUCCUGAGGAUUGCCUGUAACUACAUCCUGUCCCUGGCGCGGCUGGCUGACCUCGACUACAGUGCAGACCGCAGCAACCUCAGCUUCUCCGAGUGCGUGCAGCGCUGCACCCGCACCCUGCAGGCCGAGGGACGUGCCAAGAAGCGCAAGGUAUGUGCCAGCCACUCAGGAGUGACUGGCCCUGGCCUAGACCAAGGGCACUGCUGUGUGCCCUCUUGUCCGCAGAGCCUGAGGAUAAGGUGAGCUCACCAAGUCCAGCCUCAUCUUCUUCAAGAUGCCGCCCGAAACUCAGACCACUGCCUCUCAGGGUCAGACAGGAGCACGCCUGCCUCCCCCUCAGCCUCCGCCCUCCCCCAGCCACUCCACAGGACUUUGCACUUUGCCCUCGGCCUGGUGGGGAGGGGAGAGCUCAGCCUUCCUCUUGCCUGGGGCCCUAGGCCCAGCCUCCGGCUGCAGAAAUCCAUUGCCAAAGACACCGCAGAGACACUGAACAAAAUGGGUGAGAAAAACCCCACAGUGUUGCCCUAAGACUUUUGCUCCUCCUGUUGCCUGAGUUCCAUCUCAAGCCAAAGACGAGUCAGCAGCUCCACCAGAAACUCACAGAAAGGAUGGACAUUGGUGACCAUUAGAAGCACCUGACCUUCUGACCUGGACCUCUCUACACUGGACCCUGAGUUGGCUGGGUUCAGGAUAAGCCUCCUGGGGGCUGUGGUGCCGGGGGCUCCUGGAGGGAGUGGGAUCUGAGAUCCCGGCCCCCUUUGCUCCCUCCUAUUGGCUGCCCAGGUCUCUGACCCUGAUUCUCAGUGUUCCUUGGACCCAGGCUUCUUCUUGGGCCCUGAGCAUCAUGGGAAGGGCGUAAGGCGACCUCCGUAAGGGUUUUUGCUCCCCACCAGGCCACUCCUUGCCCGUGGCCCACCCUCCUUGCUGGGCGAACAGGAUGGCGCCCUGCUUGGAGGACAGUGUUCUCUAACCAGUUACGCAGGGGGCAGAGGGAGGAAGGGACCAGGGGAAUGGGCCAGUAUGUGGGGGAGUGGGGCAUGUUUAAAGCCAAGGCCUGCUCCUUUCUUUGCUCAAAAGGCCAAAGCUGUUCACGUCUGUGCUCAACCAUCUGCUUCAAAUUGAAGUAAAAGUCCCAACAUGUAAAGAAAACGCUUGUGUUGAAUGGACUC